UUUGGUUUCUUCUCUUUCGCUGCUUCUGCGGAAUCCUCUCUCUCGUGGCUUCACCAGUAAUCCAAAAUUCUUCUCUCUCUAGAACUCUCUGCAUUUGUUUCUUCGUUUUCUCUUUUUUCCCGACGAAAUUGCUUACACAUUGGUGAUUUUCGAAGCCUAUCAAUCAGAUCUUUAUUCCCUCUGGUUCCAUCUGUCAGGCGUCAAUGUUCUGCCCUAGUUUUUCUGCAGUGAGCAUUGUCAAAGCUAAUGUAAAGAAAAUGGAUUGAUCUAAGUUAAUUACUUCUUCUGCCGGACUCCCGGUUGAGGGCUCGUGGGCUGGUUGUUUUUAGAUGAUACUAGCUGAUUGCAGCUGUAGGAGCUGCACAAAAGAAUGUUGUCAAUUUUUUGGCUGAUAUUCAGUCACUCCUACAAUGAAAACUGGACACUUAUCAACAUCAUACAUUUCAUGCCUCAGUUUAGCACUAAACUUCCUGUGCAAGCUAGUGAUCAAUAUUGCUUUGAUACAGUAAACACCUCUGUCUGGAGGUUGUUAGAAGUUCAUUGACAACUUUUUGAUUGUCAUUGCUCCAAUUUCAAUAAUGGAAAAGUAUAAAAUUUUGGACGAGCUUGGAGAUGGUACUUGUGGUAGUGUAUAUAAGGCCUUCAAUAUAGAAACAUAUGAAAUUGUUGCUGUCAAGAAAAUGAAAAGAAAGUUCUAUUUUUGGGAAGAAUGUGUGAAUCUACGAGAAGUUAAGGCCCUUCGUAAACUAAAUCAUCCCAAUAUCAUAAAGUUGAAGGAGGUUGUCCGGGAAAACAAUGAGCUGUUCUUCAUUUUUGAAUACAUGGAAUAUAAUCUUUACCAAAUAAUGAGGGAACGAGAAAGACCCUUUUCUGAGGCAGAGAUAAGAAGUUUUAUGUUUCAGAUGCUACAAGGACUUGCUCACAUGCAUAAAAAUGGAUACUUUCAUCGGGAUUUAAAACCUGAGAAUUUGCUGGUGACAAAUGAUGUUCUUAAAAUUGCUGACUUUGGACUGGCGAGAGAAGUUUCAUCAAUGCCUCCUUAUACUGAAUAUGUUUCUACACGUUGGUACCGAGCUCCAGAAGUUUUGCUGCAGUCCUCAGUUUAUACCCCUGCAAUUGGUAUAAAUUAUGUUCUAGCCCAUUUAAGAACUUCAUUAAUUCUUAAAGUUUUCUAUUGUGAGAAUUCUUUGUACUCUGAGGUAAAGUGCUCCUUAGUCAUAAUAAUCUUCAAAAUAUCAUAUAAAUUUAGUUCUUUCUUGGGCAGUGAAGCAGAUCAAUUAUACAAGAUAUGUUCUGUUCUUGGUACACCAGACUGGACUGCAUUUCCUGAAGCAAAGAACACCUCUCGGUUAAUCAAUAUUAGUUAUUCAGAUAUUUUGCCUACCAACCUUUCUGAUAUAAUUACCAAUGCUAGCGCAGAGGCUAUUAGUUUAAUCACGCAACUUUGUUCAUGGGAUCCACUGAGGAGGCCAACUGCUGAUCAAGCAUUGCAGCAUCCAUUUUUUAAUGUGGGUGCAUUGGUUUCGUAUCCACUCCGAGAUCCACUUGAGCUGAGGCUAAAUAACAUGGGGGCAACUCCAAAUCUUGAGUUGAAUCUCUGGGACUUCGACACUGAACCUGAUGACUGUUUUCUUGGCUUAACACUGGCUGUAAAACCUAGUGUCCCAAACUUGGGUAAGCUUUAUUAUUCCUCUGGUGUCUAGUUUAGUACAGCAACAUUUUCUUUUGAUGAAACCGGGCUGUUGGUUCUUCGUGUCACAGUUUUCUGGUCGCUGCUUUCUCCUGAUCAAAAUAGAAUUCACACCCCAGUUGAAUCAUCCUUGUCUCUGUCGUUCAGCAGUUCCAUUCCACAUCCAUCAAUAGGAGUUCCGCAAUCAGCUGGGUUCACAAUUGGAUCACUGCAGCCGAAUAUCUUGGAUCGUCCAUUGUUGGCCAUGUCCUCCCCCUUCCGACAAGGUCAUUACCUUUGAUUCGGUUAAUUUGGAAAUAUCCAAUAAAGAGGGUUCUUGUAGAAAGUAUCUGUAAUUUAAUUUUUUUUUUUUUUUUUUUUCUUGUAAAGCUUAAUUUUAGUACCGCCCCAUUGUGCCAUUGUCGUCCAAAGCAAUCACUUCAAUUUUGCUUGGGACUAGCUUCUGACAGAAUCUGUAGGUUCCCAUUUUUAUAAUCAACAAAUACACAUUUUAUACUGAAACUUGAGUAACUUGUUGUCCCAAAA